UCAGUCCAACAUAGAGGAGUUGUGUCGUAUCGCGGCGGGAAUCUCUGAGUUUGCAGGAUCCUUCAAGGUUGCGGCCGUCGUGGUCCAGGCGAGCAUAAACGUCAACGACGUGCUUUUGGAAACACGACGCCGCUGUCGUGCCUCAAGAGUGCAAAACGUCUGACUCGAGCUCAGUCGGAGCGACGCGCCUUCUGUUGCGCAGCGCUCACAGCCGGACCGGACUCUGACCCGCGUGGGAAUCACGCGAUCCCACCCGGUCUGCACAGCCGAGAAAGAAGUCCGACACUCGAGCAGUCCGACGCGUCCUCCCGCCCGCCCGCCCGCCCGCUCGCUCGCUCCUUCCGUUGCGUGAUGACAUCGAGCCGUCUCUGAGGCCGGCGGGGGGCAGCAAAAAAACAACGCACGUGAGGACCAGUCGUCGUAGUCGUCGCCGCCGCCGCACGCGAGAUGGCGCUCUGGAUCCACGCGCUGGCCUGCGCCUUCGGCCUGGGCUCGUGGGUGGCCGUCAACGGCCUGUGGGUGGAGCUUCCGCUGGUCGUCAACAGCCUCCCCGAAGGCUGGGAGCUUCCCUCGUACCUGACGGUCCUCAUCCAGACGGCCAACCUGGGACCUCUGCUCGUCACGCUCCUGCACAAGACCAGGCCGGGCCGCCUGAACGAGCGGGCCGUCAUCUACGCCGUCCUCGCCGUCGGGGUCUCGUCCUGCGCGCUGCUGGCCGCCUUCUGGGACCGCACCAGCGUGGUGGCCGGCGCGUCGCGCAGCACGGCGUUCUUCGCCAUCACUUUCUUCCUGUCGCUGGUGGACUGCACUUCCUCGGUCACGUUCCUGCCGUUCAUGAUGCGGCUCCCCGCCAAGUACGUGACCGCAUACUUUAUCGGGGAGGGGCUGAGCGGCUUCGUUCCCGGCGUGGUCGCCCUGGCCCAAGGCGUGGGCAUGGCCCGGUGCGUCAACUCCACCGCGGGGAACCUCACGGGCGGAAACGCGUCCUUCCUCCAGACCGAGUACCUCCCGCCAAACUUUUCCACCGAGGUCUUCUUCGUCCUCUUAACGAUCAUGAUGGGCGUCAGUCUGGCCGCUUUCGUCGGCCUCGACAGGCUCCGCCCGCCGCCCGGCGAAAACCUGACGGCGGGUUCGGCCACGUCCGUCUGCUCCGGCCUGGACAAUCCUGCGGCGGACGCUGACGGAAAGGAUAGGAAACGGCGCCACGAGGAGGAGAGCAAGACGGGCCCCCCGCCGGCCAGGCCCGGUCACUCCGUACACCAGAUGACCUUCAUCUACUUUCUGGUGGUGUGGGUCAACGGCGCCACCAACGGGGUCCUCCCCUCCGUGCAGACGUACUCCUGCAUGCCUUACGGCAACCUGGCCUAUCACCUGUCGGCUGCGCUGGCUUCGGUGGCCAACCCGGCAGCUUGCACCGUCGCCAUGUUUUUCCAAAACAGGUCUCUCGUGUUCCUCGGGGCGCUGUCGCUGCUGGGGACAGCUUUUGGCGGCUACAACAUGGCCGCGGCCGCCAUGAGCCCGUGUCCUUUGCUCCAGGGCUCCGCGGCGGGGGAAGUCCUCAUUGUCCUCUCGUGGCUCUUGUUCACCGGAACGCUGUCGUACGUCAAAGUGAUGGUGGGCGUCAUCCUGCGCGACCGAAGUCACAGCGCCCUCGUCUGGUGCGGGGCCGCAUCGCAGGCGGGGUCGCUGCUGGGCUCGGUCGCCAUGUUCCCGCUGGUCAACGUCCUCGCCCUCUUCAAGGCCGGAGACUUCUGCAACACCAAAUGUCCGCCCUGAGAACUCCCGUGCUCUUUUAAAGACUUUUUUUUUUUUUUGUUCAAGUGAUACUCCACCCAUCUUGCUUGUUCUCAUGAACUUCAAUGAUUCUGAUCAUCUUUCCUCAUAAAAUGAAUGGAAAUCACAUUGAUCCGUUGAAGGCCCACAAAAAAACCUUGUAAACUUUCAAACAUUUUGUAUUAUUAUUUUUCUUAUUUGGAAAAUUGCACUCGGUGACACUGUAUUUUCUAAAAACAAUACAAACCAUCAAAUACAAUGUACAAAAAUACACUUUGUGCAUCACAUUUAAUUCACUGUGACUGCGCUGUUCCUGGUCUGCGUGCCUUGGCCAUCUGGGGACAAUAUAACAUACACAGUCACCAUUGUCUCAGUAAGGUUCUUUCGGCUUGUCCCGUCAAAUGAUUUUGGCACAGUUUCAACGCCGGACGCAACGCAUUUAAUCUGAGGAGAGAGCCGGAGCCUGUCCCGGCGAACGUCGGCCAAAGGCAGACCACACCCCAAACGGGAAUCGAUCCCACGCUGCCUGCGCCAAAGGCAGGCGUGUGUGUACCACUGCACCGUCAGUGACCUCAGUCAACUGCAGUAAUAUCGUCCUUUUCCCCACGUGAUAAAGAAUAUACGCAUGUGAGGAGGCUAUUUGUUAGCCCGCCGAUGACGUUUAGCAUUAAUGAAUGCCAUUUUUUUUUUGUUAUUAUAGAAUGAAAUCGGAGCACCUCUCCUGCGUCAAAAGCAAAAGAAAUCAAAGAAAAAUUACUUCUUGUUGUGAAGUGCGCUCUUCUGAGCAUCUUCUACUUCUGCUCCCAAAAUCAGUGGAAUGAUAUGAAAAACGUGUAGUGCUGCACACUUGUAUCUCAAGGCACCAUUUUACCCCCUCCCCCCCCCCGCAUUCAAGAGACAAUGUUAAAAUAUUGCACAAUUUCAGAUGAACUUUCAGCUUUUAUUUGUUGUACCAGUCAAAAGAUAUGAUUUUAACGUAACGUUUCGCAGAUAAUUUGUGUUCAUUGUAAAAAACACAAAAACAUUGUAUGCCAUAUUA